AUGCCUUUUGUAUACAACCCAUACAAAAACCUCUGCACCGUUGGCCGUUUCCCAGCCAUUAAACUGCAGGAGGAUGGCUGCAGGAAAGCAGCAUGCUCUACACCGGUUUACACCAACCCUUGUGUUAACCCAUACGCAAACCCUUGUGUCAACCCUUGCUCUAAACCUUAUGUAAACCCUUGGGCUAGCCCUUGCAAUAUCCCUUAUGCUUACCCAUAUGUUAACCCUUGUGUUAACCCAUGCGUCAACCCCUGUGUUAACCCAUGUGUUAACCCUUGUGCUACUCCAUACCCUAAUCCUUGCGGUUUUGUCACUCCAUGCCGUGAUUAUGAGACAAAGGAAGUCGUCGUCAAGGAAUGCGUGGAGGAUUGUACAAGCAAGCGAGUCUGUGGGGUCGAGGAUGCUGUCCUCCGGGUGAGUAAAGUAGACCUUCUCAAAUGCAGGACCGGACAGAAUCGUCAGGAGCAUCACACACAUUGUUUCCUUGAUGAUCAUCUCAUCGUCCGCAGAGGACAGUGUUUCAAUAUGUGGGUUGAUCUGUGCCGUCCUUUCAAUCCCAGUUGUGACAAGCUUCACCUGGAGCUCAAACUAGGUCACAUCCCAUCCAUCCGGGACGGCACUUAUGUGAUCGUUCCAAUAGUGGAAGAAUUCAAGAAAGACUGCUGGGGGGCAAAGAUUGCGGAACGAGGACAAAACCGAAUCAAACUGUGUGUGCACUCUGUUCCGACUGCUUGCGUUGGACGAUACCAGCUCAGUGUCGUGACACACUGUCCAGGAGGCAGAUUCACUUUACCUUGUGUUCCUGAAAAUGAAAUUUACAUGUUGUUCAACCCCUGGUGUAAAGAUGACUGUGUGUAUCUGAGUGAUGAGGCGGAGAGAGCUGAGUAUGUGCUGAAUGACAUGGGCAGAAUCUAUUAUGGAACUAAGCAGCAGAUUGGCUGCAGAACAUGGAACUUUGGUCAAUUUGAGAAGGGAAUCUUGUCUGCAUGUAUUUAUGUGUUGGAGAAGAGCUGUAAACCUUGCUCAGGAUGGGGAAACCCCAUUAACAUUUCCAGAGUGGUGUCUGACAUGGUUAUUGCCAACAAAGACUGUGGUGUGCUGGUGGGUAACUGGUCAAACUGCUAUGGAGAUGGAACCGCUCCGACAUCCUGGUGCAGCAGCAGUGCCAUCCUGAAACAAUACCACAAAUGUGGAGGAAUACCGGUCAAAUAUGGACAGAGCUCGGCCUUUGCUGGAGUCACCAACACACUGUUGAGGUGUUUGGGAAUUCCUGCUCGUCCGGUCUCAAACUUCUGUUCUGCUCAUGACACUGAUGUGUCAAUGACAGUGGACAUUUAUCUUGAUGAGAACUAUGAUCUGAUCGAUAACCUGAACUGUGAUUCAGUCUGGAACUACCAUGUGUGGAAUGAGGCCUGGAUGACUCGGUCAGAUCUGCCAUCUGGUUUCGGAGGUUGGCAGGUGGUUGAUUCCACUCCUCAGGAAACCAGCCAGGGCUUCUUCCGCUGCGGCCCCACCUCUGUUGCUGCGAUCCGCUGUGGACAGACCUUCCUGAAGCAUGAUGUGCCCUUCCUUUUCGCUGAAGUGCUCAGAAAGACCUUCCUGAAGAAAGACCACACAUGCAUUGAGCUCAAGCCCUCUGAAUGCAGACCUCUGGAAUGGACCCUGAGUUAUGACGAGUAUAAGGAACACCUGGUGGAUCACGCCUCACUGAUGCUCAACAUCUUCGGACAUGUGGCUCAGACUAAGCAGGUUUUGGCCACACAGUACAGCUUCAGACUGCGCACACCAGAUCUUGUUAUCGCUCCUGUAUGUGACGCUGUCGUGGGUCAAGAAGUGCCAGUCAAAAUCACUUUCCAGAAUCCACUGCCUUGUGUCCUGAGGAACACUGCAUUCCGCUUUGUGGGACUUGGACUGCAGCAUGCCAGAGUUGUUAACUAUGGUGACAUUGCAGGGCAUGCCACAGUGUGCCUGACGGAGAAGUUUAUUCCCAAGUGUCACGGCCCACAUAAACUUCUGGCAUCAUUUGAUUGUCCUCAGCUCACUCAGGUGCAUGGAUUCGCCAACAUUGUUGUCAAACAGCAGUGUUAAACCAAACAAAUAACUAAAACAGAGGAGACAUCAUGGCUCCAUUGAAC